AUAAAAACCUCUGAAUCUGUUCUUUGUACUACGUAUGCAAGUGAAACACACUUACUUCUGUUUUCACAUAUCUUUCUCUUCUAGUGAGAUACUCUUCCAAGCCACAAAACACUUCCUGCUCGGAAUCUAUUUCUUAACUACCACUGCCAUUUUGAAGACCCUGCCUCAAAAAUGCAAGCUCAGUCGCCGGUGGUGAUUGUGUCUCAGCCUGGAUGCGGUCCCAUGCCCCAAACCUCCAACUGGCAGACAGGCAUGUGUGAUUGCUUCAGUGACUGCGGAGUCUGUCUGUGUGGCACAUUCUGUUUCAUGUGCCUCGCAUGUCAAGUUGCAGCUGACAUGAAUGAAUGCUGUCUGUGUGGGACAUCCGUAGCAAUGAGGACCCUCUACCGGACCCGAUACGGCAUCCCUGGAUCCAUUUGUGAUGACUAUAUGGUGACCCUUUGCUGUCCUCAAUGUUCCCUUUGCCAAAUCAAGAGAGACAUCAACAGAAGGAGAGCCAUGCGUACUUUCUAAAAAAACGAUGGUGAAAAGCUCUUAUCGAAGCAACAAAAGUCAGCAGACACCUCUUCAGCUUGAGUCCUCCUCCGCGUUUUGCAACUGAAAUAUGAUAGAUCUCUUUAAUCACAAUCAAUGGGGUAAAAAAAGAUGGAAUUUUGAUUUAUUUUAAAUGAAUGUUUUCCCUUAGUUUUGCUAAAUGGUCCCGCUUAGUUUCUCCUUGCUUUCAUACUAUUAAAUUUUCUGGCUUAUGAAUUUUGUGUUACACUUGGCACAUAAACAAAAUAAAAGAUUUUACUAAACAAGA